AUGGAUUAUGUUGAUAGAGCACCUUUAUCUCUAGAUAGGGAUAGAGUCACAUGCUUGCUAUUAAUCAAUACUCACCUCAUGAAAAAAUGCAGCAAUAUGUACAUCAAUAUCAUUUGUAAUCAAUCAUUAAUGCAACAAAUGUCAAAUGAGAAUCGAGUUAGUAUCACUCAAUCAUAUGCAAACUAUAUAAAGAGACUACAGUGUAAUUUGACUACUUUGAAUUACAUAUAUGAAAAGUAUCAUGGGUCGUCGCAACCACAGCAGCAACAACAACAACAACAACAAGCUUCGAAAUCGACGUUCCCUGUGGUGUUGUCUGCACCUCCCGACAUGCCCGAGUUGUUUCCCUUGUAUGCCAAGUUGCAAGAAUUGUAUGCUGAAGCGUUACAAUUUUUGAGAAUGAAAAUGGAAGAGUUGAGGAAACAGCAAAUGUAUCGACAACAAUCCGGACCCGCAGGAGGAGCCACUGUAGCUGCAGCACCAGCACCAGCACCAGCACCCGCACCAGGAGUGGGUGCGUUGGGUCAAUUUCAACAGCCAAUUCCACCCCAGCAACAACAGCAACAGUCACAGACAAGUGCAGUACUGCAACAACAACCGCAACAACAACCGCAACAACAACCGCAACAACGGAUACCAUCACAAUCGCAAUUGGGUAUGCAACAACAAGAUCAGCAUCAGCCUAUGCGACAACUGCAAAUGCAGCAACAAUUGCAACAGGCACAGCAGCAGAAGUCACAGCAGUCACAGCAGCCACAGCCACCACAGCCACCACAACCACCACAACCACAGCAAUCUCAACAGCAAUCGCACCAACCGCCGCUCUCGGCUACAUCCUCCCAAUUUCAACAACAGCCAUUUGAUGAUAUGUUACUUGCUGAUACAUUUACAAAUCCAUCAUCACGCACUCCUCUGGGCAUAGGCAUGAACCCCAACAUGAACAUGAAUAUGAAUCCCAACAUGAAUCUGAAUAUGAAUAUGAACACGAUGGGCAUGGGUUUGAAUGCAAGUGCGAUUAAUAUGGGAGUUGAUUUUACCACCAACGAGAAUUUCAAUAGUGGUGGUAUUGGAAACGGAUUGAGUAAUGGAUUAGCUAGUGGUGCUGGUAUCGGCGGUGGUAGCGGUGGUGUUGGGGGCAAUAGUUUCUCGCAAAUAUCGACAUUAUCACCACAGCAAAUAUUGCAACAAGCAAAUGAAGCAAAGAGUAAUAAUCAAAGUGACAAUAAUAGUACCCCGCAGCUUAACCUGAAUGAAUUUGGUAUCUUUUGA